AUUGCUUCCGGCUAAAUUCCCACCCUAGAUGUGCGUUGUCCUGGCAUUACCAGGCAGCGUGCUCCUACCAGAGUGAAAGAGGGCAGUCAAGGCGAGGAGGAAUCGAUUGUUCUCAAUCCAGUGCCCUUCAGCAAGGAGGAGGACCUUCCCGCUGCUUCUCUCUGGAUCGUAGAUGGUUGAUGUGUUUUCUUGGUUGCCGUUGAGGUUUUUCAAGCACCUGGAUCACCAUAGACAUUGGAAGUAUGCACAGAGCUGUGCUAUUCCUUCUUUUCUUGGCUCAAGGUCUGUCCCAGAUGAGUGAAUCUGCAGGGCGAGAAUAUCACCGGAUACAGGAGCCAAAAAACUGGACUGAGGCUUGGGAUUACUGCAGAAGUGUCUUCACGGAUCUGGCCAGCGUCCGGAAUCCGGAGGAGUGGGAGGAAGUUUCUCAUUACGCACAACAAGGGGAGUGGGUCGGACUUCACAAGGACAACCAGACCUCCACUGAAUGGAAGUGGACUACCGGGGAGAUAUUUAAUUAUUCCAACUGGGAACCCUGGAAACCGCAAGAAUUCAGCACCAGCUCCCUCAGCUGCGUUUACACGAGCGGGAAUCAAUGGUUUGACACGGAGUGCGAUAUCCCGCUGCCCUUCAUUUGUCACAAAGAACUGCCUCGGACAACUGCUGCCCCUGAGCUAGCCGUCAACAUAUCAGCAAGAGCAGAGACCCAAACUGUUCUCCGUGACGUUUUGCACCAAAAAAGCCAACUUCCACCGCAGCUGUUAUCUUCUGACACCAUCAUCCAACCAUCUGUGGAUCUGAGGAUCAGAGAUCUCCCCGAGACACUUACAAAGUCAGAACCAGAGGUCGAGCCGAUUUAUCCGCCUGUGCGGGAAGCGGAUCUCCCUCAAGCAACCAUGGAGGUUCCUCCCACAGGGAGCACCCAGCCCACCCAAGCAUUGAAUGCAGGGCAGCUGGAAGUGUCCACUACUACCAAGUCCAAUAGCUGGGCUGUGCAACCCACCAAAGCAUCAGGUGCAGCUCCUGCCUCUGGAGAAGGGGAUGCCUCAGCUGAUUGGGCCACAAAUUCCUCAGAAACAGGCCUGCACCUGAUUUCGAAGCUCUCGGGAAGAAGCUACCACUUGGUUUCCGAAACGAAGAGCUGGGCUCAGGCCAGAGAGCACUGCCAGAGGAUGUUCACCGAUCUCGCCAGCAUCCCGAGCCGAGAGGAGGAGGAGGUUAUCAUCCGCUUCGCUGCCCCCGGGGAGCGCCUGUGGAUCGGACUUUAUAAUGAUGGCCAGCCCCCCAACGGGUGGAAAUGGACAACUGGAGAGAGCUUCAGUUAUAAUAACUGGGCUCCGUGGUACACAGAGGACUUCAACGCCACGUUUCCCAUCUGUGCGUACAUUGACGUUGGUCAGUGGAUGGACACAGACUGCGAUAUCACACUGUCUUUCAUGUGUUACAAAGCUCAGAACCAGACAAUCUUGAGUGCGGACAGGGAAUACUUCCUGAUCGAGGAGGAGAAAACCUGGAACAAAGCCUGGAGUUACUGCCGCAACCACUACACCAACCUGGUGAGCAUGCGGAGUGCGGAGGAGGCCGGCCUGGUCUCCAGGCUCAUGCACAGGCCCUGCUGGAUCGGCCUGUACACCGACGGGAUGUCCGGCUGGAUGUGGACCAACGGAGACCCCUUCAGAUACUCCAAGUGGGGCCUCUGGCACCCCUACAGCUUCAACAACAGCCUGCCCAUGUGUGUGACCAUCUUUGACGGAGAGUGGCACGAGGCCGACUGUGACUUCCCAUUCAACUUCAUCUGCUACCAAGAUCUGAAGUCCAGUUCCAAGCCCCCAGGACUCCCGGCUAGGAAUGGAGGACCAGCAGUAAGAAGUGAAAUACUUUACGGAUCAAAGGAUUAUUCGGAUCUUCUCAGCGACCUUAAUGUAGACAGUGCACCCAAGAGGCUGUAUCACAAGGUCAAUGGGGAGAGGACCUGGCCCGACGCCCGGGACUAUUGCCGCCUGCACUAUACCGAUCUGCUGAGCAUUCAGAGCGAGCAGGAGAGCAACGCCACCCGUGCCCUGUUCGGCGAGCUCAGGCAAGGCUGGUGCGGUCUGUACAAUGAGUGGCAGAUGGCCGACAGCUGGGAGUGGGCUGAUGGCAGCCCGGUCACCUACGUCCACUGGAAGCCAGGCCAGCCCCACCGCUACAGCCUCCUCUCUCCGGUCUGUGUUUAUGUCGAGGAAGGCCAGUGGAUCGACGCCCCCUGCCGAUAUUUAUUACCCUUCGUUUGCUACACAGAUUUGCUUCAAGGGGCCAAGCAGCAGGUCUUCGCUCCCGUCGAUUUCGAUUUGCUGUCUUCGGUUGAUGAGCAGAGCCAAAUCUCCAUUCUCUCAGCAAGGAGUCCCUUUGCAGACCCUAUCCCGAUGGCCCUUACCAAGGAGUAUGUCUUAGUGAAGCGUGAGAAGAUGUGGAUUGAAGCACAAAACCACUGCCGGGCGGAAUACUCGGAGCUGGCCAGCAUACAGUCGCUGGAGGAGAAUGUGCUGGUGGCACAGGUUCUCCGGACUGACGUUCCGGCCUGGAUCGGCCUGUUCAACAGGCACCAGUCCGAGUACAGCUGGAUGUGGGCCAACGGAGACGAGUUCAACUUCUCCAACUGGGACCACUUCUACCCGAUGGACUUCUCCACCAUGUCCGUCUGCGUCAUCAUGCUCAACGGCCGGUGGAAGGACGUGCCGUGCGAUUUCAAGUUUCCUUUCGUCUGCUACACAGCUGCUGUCCGAGAGAUCGUUUGGUGUAAAACUGAAUACAGCCAGUGCUAA